AUGGCGCAUAAGAAGUCACUGGAAGCGUUGCACAAGACCUUGCAAGAUAUCAGAGUAAUCACAUUCCUCGACGCACCUGGGGGAACUGGAAAGACAUUCCUCACCAAUUUGCUGUUGGCAGAAGUCCGAAGCAAGGGGGAUUUAGCCUUGGCAAUGGCUUCCUCGGGAAUCGCCGCAACUUUGUUGCAUGGAGGUAGAACAGCUCACGCCACGUUGAAAUUGCCCUCAGACAUCGCUAAACAGGAAUCACCUGUGUGCAACAUCAGUAGACGAAGUAGUAUGGCAAAGGUUUUACGAUCAUGUAAAUUGAUCGUCUGGGAUGAAUGCACCAUGGCGCAUAAGAAGUCACUGGAAGCGUUGCACAAGACCUUGCAAGAUAUCGGAGGUAACCGAAUUCUGAUGGGGGGAAUUAUUUUGUUACUUUGCGGCGAUUUCCGACAAACUCUGCCUGUUAUCCCGAGAGCGACCCCCGCUGACGAAGUCAAUGCAUGUUUGAAAAGUUCUACCCUUUGGUUCAGCGUCGAAGUAGUAUCCCUGAAGCAGAAUAUGAGGGUCUCCUUGGGAAAAUCAGGUUACCUUGGCUUCUGUUUGUAA